AUGCGAAAGGUCGGAAACAUUGUAUCGAACCAACUUUAUAAUUCCGAAAACAAGACCCCCCCGAUACCCAUCGAUGCUGAUGAAGCCGACGCCGCCAUGGAGAGAUUCAUACGCAGCAAGUACAUCAAUGACGUUGCCGGCCAACAGAGCAGGCCGCGAGGCCCAACUUCGGACGAGGGUAUACCGCCGCCGUUGCCACCCAAAAAUUCGUCGUCGAGGUUUGGAUUCAGGUCAGCCUCGUCCAUAUUUCCCCUCUCCUCCCGAGCGAAAAAGGAAGCCAAGAUGGCCAAUAUGAUGGCGGCCGAGCACGCACACGCCAGCGCACCAUCGAAGAAGCCGUUUGGCGUCACCGCCGACAACGACCUGUCCAAUGAUCAUGGCGAAAAUUUAGUCAAACUACGAGACAUGGGCUUCGUCGACAACAAUCGCAACGACACCGUGCUCAAGGCCGUCGGGGGGAACUUGGACAGAGCCGUCGAGGCUCUCGUUCGCCUGGGUGAAGGUGGCAGCCGCUCGCCCACAACGCCAACGGUGCCUUUGCGAGAGAAAACGCUGCGAACAUCGAGAUCGCUGACGCCCAUGAGCUCUCCGUUGAACGGGCUGGCCGUCGGUCUGACAGUCCCCCAAAGAUCAGGCCCGGAGCGGCCUACAACCGCGUCGACGUCGACGUCGACGAAUCCGUUUGAUAUGAUGACCAUGGCCCAACCUCAAACGGCGCAGUCGACGGGUACGCUGAAGAACAAGAAUCCGUAUGGGAGCUCGGUCAUGGCAACAAACCCCUUUGGCCAACCGUCGCCGCCUGUCGACGUCGUCGGUCUGUCAUUCCAGGGACUCACCAUCGCCCAACCGCAGCAGACUCUAUUUCCCCACCGCACAGGGGAUAACGGCGCCCAGCAGCAAGUGGCCUACCAGCAGCAGCACAUGCUGCCGCUUGCCUCGACGAUCCCCGCCCAAGUUCAGCACCUGUCUUUCCAAGGCAGCAUGACGUACCCGCAGCCGUUGCCGCCGACGAAUCAACCAGCGCAGAUGGGACAAAACCCCUUUUUCUCCCAGCCGUCGAGUCCAAACCAGCAGCAGAUACAAGCGAUGGCGCAAAGCCUACCUGCCGGCGCCGUUCCUGCUCAAGGAGCGUAUGCGGGAAACCCCUUUGUGCGAUCGCCGACCCGCAUAGGGUCGCCAUUCCUCGUUCAGAUUCCCGAACAGGGUCAAACGACCUUCCUCACCACCUCACCUCAACCUCUCCCGACAAACUCGAACCCCUUCUUUGCCAACACGGCGCAGUUUGCGCCUCAUCAGCAGCUGGGCCAGCCUGCAUUGGCUCAGCAGCAGCAGCUGGCACUUCAGCAGCUGCAAGGCCAGCCUGCCCUGGUUCAGCAGCAGCAGCAGCAGCAGCAGCAGCAGCAGUUUGUCCCACAGCCAGGCUUUGGCCAGCCAUCAUACGGCGAGAGCCAAGUUCAGUACCAACCGCAGCGGCAGGACAAAGCGUCCAUAAUGGCCUUGUACAACCAGCCGACUCGGCCUGUUCCGCAGCCAACAAGGUCUGAGCCGAUCUUGAAGAACCAACAGAUGUACGCGCAGCCGGCCCCAUCCGUCCCCUCGAGCAUGCAGGACCCCCGACUCCCCCCCCAACCAGCGGUGGGGAGCACAAACCCCUUCGCCAUGACGGGACCGACCUCCGGCCCACGGGACCCCUUUACACCGAGUCGGCACAUGAGCCGGGAGAGCAUGAACCUCGGCAUGGACAUGGCCUGGGCCAACGGUAGACACAGCCCGGAUGCGUUUGCAAGUCUCAGCGCGAGGCAUGCAUGA